AGACGCCGUUAAAUCCAUGGCAAACUCAACUCGGAGCAAGAAGGAAGGGGCCGUCCUGCCAAAUUGCGCCCCAUGAUGUAAAGCAGAGCAGAGGGGCGCUUGAAAAUGGACGGGACGGCGGCCGAGGGUCAUGCCAAGCCCCAGAAGCGGGUGAGAUUCCGGGUGGCUUCGGGAAGCAGUGGCCGUGUGCUGAAGGAGAUGUUCAAAGACGAGGGGCCCUGCGACUCGCUCGACUCUGACUGCACCAGCAGCUCAGCGGCUAGCGGGGACGGACACCCAUUUGGAGGGUUCCUCGGGUCCGAGCUGGAUGACAGUGAGAGCGAACCAGAUGAGCUGCUGGUGUAUGCCGCAGGGGCCACUAAGGAUCGGACAUUCACCUCCAAAAGGGUCAACAUACUCAGUAAGAACGGCACUGUGAGGGGGGUCAAGCACAAAGUGAGCGCAGGUCAGACGCUCUUUGAAAACUUUCCCCAUUCCAACAGUGUGGAGUUAUUGCUGGAGUUCGGUCGGAUGGUGAUCUACACCACCAGCUUCCGUGUGGUCAGGACUACUUUCGAACGCUGCGAGCUGGUGCGCAAAAUCUUCCAGAACCACAGGCUCAAAUUUGUGGAGCGAAACAUCGCUUUGGACAGCGAGUACGGCAAGGAGCUAGAGGAGCGGUGCAAACGGGUUGGAGAGCCUCCAUCACUGCCUGUCGUCUUUAUUGACGGCCACUACCUCGGGGGUGCUGAGAAGAUACUGAGCAUGAAUGAAUCGGGAGAACUGCAAGAUCUUCUAACAAAAAUUGAGCGGGUGCAGGACCCCGAGAUGUGCCAGAGAUGCGGGGGCUUUGCCUUCGUCCCGUGCCCGACGUGCCAUGGCAGCAAGAUGUCCGUGUUUCGCAACUGCUUCACGGAUUCCUUCAAAGCCCUUAAGUGCACUUCUUGUAAUGAGAAUGGACUGCAGCCUUGUGGGAGCUGCAGUCAGUGAGCAUGUCAAGUGCCUGAACACAUCUCCUCUCUUCCAGGGACCCCCACCCUAAAAAGGACUUUCCCUCUUCUAAUGCCAUUGUAAUAACAUUUUUGUAAUAAAACAUGGACGUUUUGUGCAUUUGGUUGUUUAUAUGAAUGAAAAAGAGGCAAGAAGGUGCUGUUACUAAUUUUUUGUACGAAUCACAUUUUAUUACAAAAACUAAAAUAACACACUGGUUGUAGGUGCGAAUAACAACAUAAGUAAAUUUUCCCAUGUAUUUUGAUGCUUGACUAAAGGUAUCGUAACAAUUCUAAAGACCAGCACAGAUACAACAGCAAAAAUAUUGUUUGAAGCACAACAGCAUUGGUGUUAAUAUUUUCUCAAAAGUCAAAAUAGCAUUACAAUGAUCCCAUCAACAUUAUGAUUCGCUAGGCUUUUGGCAUUCGCAUUUUCUUUGUUGUUGUUGGAUAAAACAGUAUAAAUGAGCGUCUCUCAGCAUUCACCUUCAAAACAAAAAGUACAUUUUGGGUUCAAAUCCUGUACUUGUCACCCAACAUUCAUACAUAAAAAUGCAAAAUCCAAUAAUAUGAAGUUUUGGUUUUGGCAAAAAGGAUAGGGAAGUGCCAAUACAACUAUAACUUCGUGAAUUAUUGUCAUUCAGCAUUUGUGUUUGUAUCAGCCCAUCUCAAAAUUUGCAGCUGUUGCUGCCAAAAAACGAUGGAUGUCAAUAUUAGUCUUACGCCAUUUACAAGAUUUUUAUUUUAAUGCACACCAGCAUUUUUGUUGUCACUCAGCAUUCAUUUAACACAAGGAUCGAUUUCAAUAUCCUCCACAUAGAGUGAAUGUUCAUCUCUCAGCAUUAAUCCCAACAGAAGAAAAGUACAACUCUGAGGCACAAUUACAUGAUUAGAGUGAAUACUUUACUCAAAAAAUGAGGAGAUAGAAAACACUAGAGCAACUGAUUGUAUCCCAGCAUUUUUAACCACGAUUUGUGGAUUAUUAUAUUGUUACUUAAAAAAAUAUACAGUAUAGGGUAAAUAGUAAUUUGACACAAAUCUGUAUUUGUAUAAUUUAGCUGAACACAAAGAACAGUUGUAGGCCUAUUGUUUAUAAUAGCGUGAAAUGCCUUUCUCCCUGCAUGCACAGAAUAACACGAGUGAUUCACACCAUUAGUGUGAAUAGUUUUCUUACUAUUUACAGCACAUGAAAAAAAAACAUCUGAUCUUAAGAAAAGAGGAAAGGUUUUUGAACUACUAUAGCAUACUCAGAUGCUUGUUUCUCAGCAUUUUAACCAACCAUCAUGGGCUACAAACAAGGGCGUAGGUUUGCGUUGUGACGGCAGGGACAUAAAACUACCAACUUUUCAGGAUGCUCAAAUUGUCCUUACCAACUUUUAAGCAACAUUAUGUGCAUUUUAUUAUGAGUUCAGUUAUAUGGGAGAUUUUGAUUAUCUUGCAUUAUGAUGUAAGGACAGAAUUGACCCUAACAUUCAUUAUUUUCAUCACGUUCAGACUUACAUUUACCCCUUUUCACUUGCCGAAUGUGCCAGGCUAUUUCCCCCUUCAAACGGAUAUUUGAUCGGCUGAUGACUUGAACACACACACAUGCACUUACAGCCCCGAAAGAAAUACAUACAUGUCGACAUCAUGCCACCUCCUCUGCAGAGGAGGGAUAUUAGACGUUUUUUUUUCCGGCCAGCAGCAGCAGCUACUGUAAGUAAUGCAAAAAGACGUCAAUGUUGUGGAGGUGGGGAACACAUCAAUAAUUUUGCUACUGAAGGUCCGUCCCACA